AUGGAUGGCCUGAGAGUUGGUAGGAACAAUGACGUCGACGGUGAUGAUGACAACGACGGCGAUGGGGAACAGGCAAAAUGGCCCCGGCGGAGGGAAUUACUUGGGGACUGGUGGCAGAGGGCCCUUGGGGGGUGGACCCGGGCAGGGAGGAUAUUGAUUCGAGGAGGGAGUGUAAGAAGGCAUUACGAGGAUUUGGAGAAUGUUGGGCUGUAG